AUGGGAGAGUUCCAGAUCUUGGUGCACACGACCUUGCACCCGGACCGCCUGUGGAUCUGGCGGCAGUCUGUGUACGUGGAUGAGAACCAGCGCACGUGGCUGCCCAUAACCAUCGAGAUAGAAGAUGGGAUCCAAGUGCUCAUGCGCCAGGAAGACAUCCCCCGAGGGGAGGCCAUGCGCCCCAGCCAGCUGCCCCCAAGCCUGCUGCCUUUGAUGUGGCAGCUGUACCCUGGCAGGCGGUACCGAGGCUCAGACUCCAGCUUCUGGCGCAUAGUGUACCACAUCGAGAUCAGCGGCAUUGAGGACAUGCUCCUGGAACAGCUGCCGGAGCAGUAG